UUUCACUUUCAGACAAGAAAAGCAAGUUCUUCUGCCUCUUUUCGCUGCAUUUAAUGUCAAUGUCUGGCAUUUCAAUCAUUUUCUCAGCUCCGAGGAUCUCGUAAAAGAAAAAAACGAAAACGGAAAAUUUCAUAUAAAUAUAUAUAUAUACAUAUAUUAUAAAUGCAUAUAUAAAUGGAAGGGCAAUAUCCGAAGGGGAAUAGGUCGUACGGACCGGCGCAGAUGAAAAUGACGAUUCCGCCCUCGCAGCACUCGGACAACGACCGGAGCAGCGGCGAGCUUCGAGCCCUGGAUUGUAACCUCACCUCCCUCUGCGACCACAUCCAAAUCGAAGGCUUCAACUCCGGCGCCUUCUCCGACGUCGUCGUUCACGCCAUGGGCUCCACCUACCACCUCCACCGCCUCAUUCUCUCUCGCAGCCCCUACUUCAGGAACAUGCUUCACGGUCCUUGGAAAGAAGCCAAUGCUCCAAUUGUGACCCUGCAUAUAGAUGAUAACAAUGUGAAUGGAGAGGCAAUCGCUAUGGCUUUGGCGUAUCUGUAUGGGCACCACCCUAAGCUUAACGACAACAACGCAUUUCGUGUUCUAGCUGCCGCUUCUUUUCUUGACCUUCAGGAUUUAUGUGCAAUAUGCACGGAUUUCAUUAUAUCUGAGUUGUGGACCUCAAACUUCUUAUCCUACCAGGUGUUUGCAGAGAGCCAAGACUACGGCAUUCAUGGAGAACGUGUGAGAAACGCUUGCUGGGGAUACCUUUGUCAAAGUGGUGCCGUGGAGUUGAAAGAGGUGCGUCCAAAACUUUCUUCUCAUACCCUGCAUGCAUUGCUGACAUCGGAUGAACUCUGGGUACCUAGUGAAGAGAAAAGGUUUGAGCUUGCAUUGUACACUUUCCUUGCAAAAUGUGCUCUCUGCAAACAAGAAAAUUCUGAGCAGGGAAGUGACUCUGAGGCAGCGAUGGAUGCUCAUUCCGAUUCUUCUAGCACAAAGGGAAAAAAUUCAAUAGAUAGUUUUAUUGAUAAGAGGUUGGAAUCUGAACUAGGAAGCUUGACUUUAAAAGAUGGUAUGGAGAGCCAAAAUACAGCUUGCGGUCCUCUAGUUGAGCUUGCAGAUUGUGUGGUUGACUACCAAACGGGGGUUUCUAAUUCUAGAAAACAGGUGCAGCAAGUUGCAUAUCCUCAGUCAAAGUUGGAGCCAGGAUACCCCUGCAGUACCGGAGGGUCUUCAUCACAUAACUCAUUUUCAGCUAGAAAUGCAGUACAAACCUCUUGUUCUUAUUCUGAAAUGCAAGUUGGUCUAGGAACGAGUGGAUUGGGUUCCACUGGAGAGGCUACGGAAGGUCCAUCUGAUGAGGAAUCAUGCUUCCAUUUGAAUAACGCUGGUUGGCUUGCCAGGGAGGACUACUCAAGGAGUUGCUCUUCAAUCAACUCUUCCAGUAACGAGCUAAUUGCAAGCGAUUGGGGAAAAUGUGGCAUGCCUCCUCUUUCAUGGGGUGGCAGGACUGUAGGCAGAAGACAGCUCAAAGGCCAUGCUAAAGGAAACGUUGGGGUUCAUGGGGAGGAAUAUGAUGCAUUUGUUAACAUAUUUGAAGGGGGAUCUCUUUUGUAUUGCAACAUGUCUUUUGAGGCACUUUUGAAUGUGAGAAAGCAGCUCGAGGAACUGGGAUUCCCAUGCAAAGCUGUAAAUGAUGGCCUUUGGCUGCAGAUGCUUUUGAGUCAGAGGGUGCAAGAAAUUGGUGCUGAUACAUGCAAAAGUUGCUGUUUUGUGAGUAUGGCAUGCGUCUGCAGACAACCAUAUGGAUUCACUCAAGGGGUUGCUACCUCCGGAUAUUACAUGCAAGAGCCAGAUCAGAACAAUACUCCAAGCAACUUGGGAAAUGUAUAUGUUGCGGAAUCUGCUCCAGGUGAAGGGAAUGGCCUCUUCAGGCCCAUACGAGUACAGGUAAGGGGGCCUAUUGAUGGGCUUGCAGGUAUUGGACGUGGAACUACUUUUGUGCCAGCAGCUGCAUGGCCUCCAACACGUUUUGUCUUCUCUCGUGUGCCCUUUGGAAUGGGAAACAGAAACUGCCAACAGUCUCUUGCGAAUGAUGAUUCAGAGCCCAGAAUUGACCCCAAUGGAGACAUGUCUGGUGGUGGGUUGACAGCUUUGGUUGGGUUAAGCCAAGGAGGGAGUAGCUCGGCUAACAUUAACGGAGAGCAAACUGAGAGAGGGUAUGAGAUGGAUCUGCAAAACAGAAUGUCAGGGGCUUCUGUUUCAGGCGCACCAAGUACAAAUGGUAUUCCUGUGCCGGUGAUACAUUCAUCACAACAUGCAAUUGGAGUUGAGUGGGGGAAUACAAAUAGUUCUUCAAUAUCGUUGGAUAUGAAAACACCUUUAAGUCACUUCCCUCCUUUUCGCUUUGGAGUUCAAUUUGAGGAUGUUCAUAGGCUCAGUGACGGCCAAGUCAAACACUCUCCUGAAGUUUUUUAUGCUGGUUCUUUCUGGAAGGUUAGUGUUCAGGCUUUCAAUGAUGAAGAUCCUCAAGGACGCCGGACAUUGGGAUUAUUUCUUCACCGACGAAAGGCAGAAAUUACAGAUUCCCUUAGAAAGGUUCACAUGUACGUGGACUCUCGCGAAAAGGUUACCGCUCGAUAUCAGUUGAUUUGCCCGUCGAAGAGAGAAGUUAUGGUGUUUGGAAGUUUCAAGCAAGCAGGCACUCUUUUGCCUAAAGCUCCCAAGGGAUGGGGCUGGAGAACAGCACUUUUGUUUGAUGAGCUUCCUGAUCUUCUUCAAAAUGGGGCCUUAAGAGUGGCUGCUGUUGUGCAGCUUGUUUGACAUUAAUAAGUUUUGUUGGCCCUUUGCUAAUAUAUCUUUUAAUCUGAAAUGUGGCCAUUAGCAAUUCUCCUUGUGGACAAUGAAGUCAAUUUGGUAAUGUAUUUCUUAGUUACCUUUUAGAUUUAAGCUAAAGGUGAACGGUUGACUUAAAUUGCACAAGGAUGAUGGAAAUUAUGGUUUCUUUUUUGUUUGGUAAUUUGUGCAUAUUUUAGUGACGAUCAGAAUGUUAUUCUUUUGAAUAUUGGAAUCACAUUACUUCAGUGAAA